CAUGUAGCUGCCCUCUUCUUGAUUCGAUAUGCAUAGUGUACGACCUAAGAUCUUGAAGAUAGCCUCUUCUGCUGCAAAGCCCGUGUCUAGAAGCGUCUCCUUAAUGUGUCGCGGAGAGCCUAUCCAGCGCGAGCAACUGUACGAAUACACCAAUGGUCGGUUUUUAGUCAAUGAAAAGCAUGAGAUGUCGAAACGAUAUGCCAGAUUUGAUCUGGAUGCUCUUUGUGCACUUGUCUCGGAUUUGCCACAUGUUUCUUCGCCCAUCUCUAGGAUUGACAAAAUGGAGGGUGGGUUCAACAAGGCCUUGCUAAUGACUGCGGAAAAUGGGAAAGAAGUUAUCGCAAGGUUACCAUUGAGGUCUCGUACCUCUGUUCCAGUGUGCAAGGUCCUCGAGUGGAGCUCUGACUCCUCAAAUCCACUUGGUUCCGAGUAUAUUCUAAUGGAGAAAGCCCACGGGAAGCAGCUGGUCGAUGUAUGGGGCGAAAUGAAUCAGCUGCAGCAGUUCCGGCUUGUUCAAUGCCUGGUCCGGCUUGAAAGUCAGUUGGCGGCGUUGGAGUUUCCGGCAUAUGGAAACUUGUAUUUUCGCUGUCUGGGUCCCCAGGACUCGGUCAGAACUGUUCCAAUAGACGACGAAUAUUGUGUUGGCCCGGCAUAUAGUGCGUCGUGGUUUCCACAGCUGGGCGAGGGACUUCAUACAGGCCCAUGGCAGGGGCUUAUGGACCUUGGUAUUGGGUUGACCAGUCGGGGUCUUGCGCACCUGCAACAGUCGUCGCUUGCUCCUCGUAGACCCCAUUUCGGCACCAAAUCCGAGCACUUCGAAAUCUUGACAAAGGUUAGGGAGACAAUGCUACACUUGGGGAAUUUCACCCCACUACAGAAGCUCUCUAAGCCGACACUGUGGCAUAACGAUCUUCACCUGGGCAAUAUAUACGUUUCCGAAGAGGAUCCAACAGCUAUAGUCAACAUAAUCGAUUGGCAAUUUACCUCGAUUAUGCCCGCUUUCAUGCAAGUUCAAUGGCCUUCUUUCCUUGCCCCACCUGAUGGUUAUGAAGCUGGUACUGUCAAGCCGGAACUACCUCCAAUCUUUGAAGAAAUGGACGCGGAUGAGAAAGCCUUUGCUAUCACCGAGAGGGAUCGAGCUUUACUCUCAAAAUGCUACGAAGCAGCUCUGGUCAAAAACCAUAUGCCAUCGUACUUGGCUAUGACUCGGGUUGACUCCGCUGUCCGAUACCUUUUCUCAUUCGCAGAAGACACGACUAAGGAUGGAAUUGUUCCGCUUCGUGAUUGCUUGACUCAAAUCGCUGAACACUGGAACGAAAUGGGAAUCACCGAGCAGUGUCCUUAUCAUAUUACCGAUGAAGCAUUAUCAAAGCAUGGAUUGGAGCUUGCGCGGUACAAUGAUUGGCUGACACUGAAAGGUUAUACACAGGAACUGUUGCACUCAGAUGAUGAGGGCUGGGUUUCCCCUCAACUCGAUUUUGAAAAGGUCCAAGCAAGACAUGCUGAACUCUUCGAGCUAUACAUUGAGAGAGAAACCGAAGACAUAACUGAGGAAGAGGCAAAAAGGCUUUGGUUUUAUAUAGAAGAUUCUUAA